UGACGCACAGUCUCGCGAGAUGAGAUUUCAGGCGGCAGGAAUAGCUGUCCGGCAGGAGAGUACGAGCCAAACGGUAACGGAGCUGCGGGACUUUUAAACAUCGAUCCGGCACCGGGGGAUGUGCUAAGGAAAUCCGAACUGUCCCGGGAAAAGCGGGGCUGCCGGGCGCUGCAUCACUUCCAGUUUAUUGUUGGUCACCAGCUAGUGGGUAAGGUUGCGGUUAAGGUAGUUUCAAGUCAGGAAGUGUUCCAGGUGGAUCUGUCAACAUGGCUGGUGAUUGACCUUCCUUAGCCUAUACAAGGAUACACAGCUUACACUGACAGGUGACUGAAAGGAUAAGGAUUUUCGAAUGAUUGGUGUUAAUUAUGGAUCCUGGUGGUGGUGGCCUAGGCCUGCAUGUCGAAGAAACAAAAAUACCCCAUGCCAUGAUCAUGCAGGACUUUGUGACUGGGAUGGCUGGCACUGCUCAUAUUGAUGGAGACCAUAUUGUUGUGUCUGUUCCUGAAGCUGUCUUAGUCUCGGAUGUUAUCACAGAUGAUGACAUUACACUGGAACACGAUCUGUCCAAUGAAGUUGUCCAAGGUCCUGAUAUCAUCACAGAGGCCGAUGUUGUAACUGAAAGUGUCAUCGUUCCUGAAGCGGUGCUGGAAACUGAUGUUGCCAUCGAGCAGGCUUUGGAUGACAGUCACCAUGUGUUGGAAUCAGACAUAAUAACAGAAACGGUUGCAGUUCCUGAGCAAGUGUUCGUGGCUGACCUAGUGACAGACAGAGAUGGCCAGCUGGAGCAUGUAGUUCAGGACUCUAUCCAUGGAUCCCACUCACCCACAAUGGUUUCCCAGGAGGUUCUUGUAGCCAGUUGUGAUGCAGAUGCUGUUAUCCAAGCACCCACUAUUCAAGCCCCAGGUUCAUCUGUUACUAUAAAGACUGAAGAUGAUGAAAUAAAAAAUACCUCUGAGGAUUAUCUAAUGAUAUCAUUAGAUGAUGUUGGAGAGAAGUUAGAGCACAUUGGCAGCACUCCACUUAAAAUCAGCACUGAGGUAUCACAAGGUGACAUGUCUAAAGAAGAUGGAUUUGGUUCUGAAGUGAUUAAAGUUUACAUAUUUAAAGCAGAGGCUGAAGAUGAUGUGGAAAUAGGUGGUACGGAAAUUGUCACAGAAAGUGACUUUCAUAAUGGCCAUCCUGUAGCAGGCGUGAUUGAACAAAGUAGCCUUGGCCGGAUGCAGCGGGAAAAGAUGGUUUACAUGGCGGUUAAGGAUUCUUCCCAGGAAGACGAAGAAAUUGGUUGUGCUGAAAUAGCAGAUGAGGUGUACAUGGAAGUCAUUGUGGGAGAAGAAGAAGCUGCGUCUCUUCCAGAUGCCCAAAACGAAGAUUCCAGCAUAAAUAAGACAUUUGUUCCUGUGGCCUGGGCAGCUGCUUAUGGUGAGGACCGAGACCUUCCAAGAAAGUAUGGGGACUGGCAGGAAUCUGCAAAUAACAUUGAAUCCCGGUUAGAGAACAAAAACAGCUCAGCAACCCAGUAUCUCCAGAUCUGUGACAGCAUUGCUGCAAAUCGAGCACUUAAACAGAAAGCCAAAAAAAGGAAGCGAGGGGAUGCACGACAGUGGCAGACUGCUGUCAUAAUAGGGCCAGACGGUCAGCCAUUAACGGUCUAUCCUUGUCACAUAUGUGGGAAAAAGUUUAAGUCCAGAGGGUUUUUGAAGCGGCACAUGAAGAAUCACCCGGAUCACAUGAUUAAGAAGAAGUACCAGUGCACAGACUGUGAUUUCACCACCAACAAGAAAGUCAGUUUCCACAAUCACCUUGAGAGCCACAAACUCAGCAACAAGGUGGACAAAUCGCACGAGUUUACAGAAUACACCAGGAGGUAUCGCGAGGCAAGUCCUUUAAGCUCUAACAAGCUGAUACUGAGAGACAAAGAGCCUAAGCUGCACAAGUGCAAAUACUGUGACUAUGAGACUGCCGAGCAGGGACUCCUCAAUAGGCAUCUCCUGGCUGUCCAUAGCAAGAACUUUCCUCAUGUGUGUGUCGAAUGUGGCAAGGGAUUCCGCCAUCCCUCAGAGCUAAAGAAGCACAUGAGGACCCACACAGGGGAAAAACCAUAUUUGUGCCAUUUCUGCGAAUUCCGAUGUGCCGAUCAGUCCAAUCUAAAAACUCACAUUAAAAGCAGACACGGCACAGAUUUGCCCUUCAAGUGUGAGCAGUGCCCUCAGGCAUUCACAGAUGAGAAGGAACUGCUGCGGCACACUGAGCUUUUUCAGGGUCACAAAACUCAUCAGUGUCCCCAUUGUGACCACAAAAGUACCAACUCAAGUGACCUUAAACGGCACAUUAUCUCUGUGCACACUAAGGAUUUCCCUCACAAAUGUGACGUUUGCGACAAAGGAUUCCAUCGUCCUUCGGAACUGAAAAAACACAGUGAAACCCACAAAGGCAAAAAGAUACAUCAGUGCAGACACUGUGACUUUAAAACAUCUGAUCCUUUUAUAUUAAGCGGGCAUAUACUUUCUGUGCACACAAAGGACCUGCCCUUUAAAUGUAAAAAAUGCAAGAGAGGAUUCAGGAUUCAGCCUGAGCUUAAAAAGCACAUGAAAACCCAUAGCGGCAAGAAGGUGUACCAGUGUCAGUAUUGUGAAUACAGCACUACGGACGCCUCUGGAUUCAAAAGGCACGUCAUCUCUAUACACACAAAGGACUAUCCCCAUAGGUGUGAGUUUUGCAAAAAGGGAUUCCGUAGGCCGUCUGAAAAGAAUCAGCAUAUAAUGAGACACCAUAAAGAGGCAUUAAUGUAAUGUGCACUAUUUGUAUGGGAUGUUACAGAAAAGGGAUGUCAGAUGUUCACCUUGUUCCAGGGUCUGCAUUCUUACCAUUCAGUGUAAAAUAACAUAGUGGGGCACAGCAGGAUCAUGACAAUACACUACAAAGGCAUUAACAGACAUGGAACAGGGACACAUGGAAAUGUUAAGAGCACAGAAAGGGCUUCACCCUAGUGCAGGGAUAGCCAGCCUCCAUAAUUCCCACCAUUGCUCAACAGCCAGAAUACUUCCAAGCCAAUAAAAUCAGGCCUGUUGAGAGCUGUAGAUCAGAAUCAGCUAGAGAGCCACAAAUAUGUGUUUCUUACUGAAAAUGGGCACCAAAAUAGGAGGGAUGUGGAUAAUUACGGCUUAUUCUUUGUUUUACAUUGUGCCUAUAAAGCUAUACUGUUACAUUUGCAGUUGGCCAAAAGCAAAGACCCAGGGUAUGUCACGCUUGCAGCCUAGCAGCUCUUCUAGACUUCCAGAAGCCUCACAUGCUGGACAGCUGAGGAUAGGAGUUAUAGUUCAGCACAGCUGGAGGGCUGUAAGUGCAAUGUUCCUGGUUUAGGCAGCUUCUUCCAUGUCAUUGGGGAACUAAAGUUGGAGUGUUAUAACAGAGCAAGCGGUUUAUGAUGCAGUAGCAUUAUAACUAAGGUCGCAUACUGCAAGUUGUUAUGGUGCUAGAAUAAAUGACUUUUGUACAUAUUUUCCAUUUUUAUCCGGUGUUGCAGCUGAAUGUUGUUUGGUGGACACUUGUUUUAUUGUAUGUAUGGGUCUAAUGCUUUUUUUUUUAACAGUAUAUACGUAACACUCAGUAUUCUGGCAACGACAGAUAGCACUUUUUAUUUCUUACUGCACCAUCUAAGGCAUGAAUUGGUCUAAGCCUUGGCCUCCAGAAAGCACCCCAUGCAUUUUCUCUGCAAAUGGAAAAUGUGCCAGGGGUGGGCUGUUGAGCUGAAAUGCAGACGAAGCCUAACACUGAUCUGAUCCCCCCCCCCCCCCGUUAUUGCUGCUAAUUUAGCACAGCAAUGUGUAGCGUUGGAAUUCAUAAAGCCCAGGUAACUAGCUAUUCUGUCGAGAGGAGUAUCUAUACAGUAUUUAAUCAGAAUCAAUGGCUUACUGUGCAGAAAGGCACCAGUUCUUCCGUUUACAGUGUAUAAAAUAUGCAUCCCUUUGGAACAAUUCUGUGUGUUAGCAUGCUGCACAUCCCCAUGUGCUUACACCCAUUUAGAGCUUUGUAAGAGAAGAGAACUGUCCAUUUAUGUUGGCCUAUUUUUAAUGUUUUUUUUAGUUGAUUCAUGUUUGCACAGUCUUCUAUAGAAGACUCUAAAUCCAUGUCGGCGUGUCUUUGUGUUUCUGAUAAUGUUCAUUUUUUUGGUUUGCACAUGUGAGAACCUCUUCCCUUUGGUUUUUAUAAGAGAGAAAUAAACUGCAGAACACUUUGUUUCUGACAAGCAAAACCUUCCGGAAGAAAAUGAAAAAAAAAAAACCUUGUUGUUUGUGGCUGUAAAUGAUGUAAACGCUGUAAGAUAAGACUGUAACUGGUAAUGUGGAAUUCUUUCUCCUUCAUGUGUUUACUCAUAAUGAGCAUACAAUAAAUAUGCGCAUCUCUUGCACAUUUACCAAACAA